AUGUAUGAGCUGAAGAACUUGAAUGAGACUCAAAGCACCAUCACAUCUACUCAACUGAGCUCAACUGUUUCCAGUAUUUCAUCUGUUAGCUCUACUAUUGGAUACCUAGAUUCUUCUACUCGAUCAACUGUUGUAGAAUAUUUUCUGGUUACAUUACAAAAAGCCGAUUUGAAUAAUGUUCAAUUAUCAACUGAAGAUUUUCAAACAAGUUUAUCUUCACUUUCCUCCAUUGAAAAUCAAUUUAUUUCAUCUGUAGAGAGGAGAUUAACUGUCACCAGAAAAUUUACUAAAAUCAUUAAUAUUUACAAUGUGUUAACUCAAAUGAAAUCUAAAAACUUGAUAGAAGAUUCAUCACCAAUUAAGAUAAUUGGAAAGGUCUAUAAAUCGUAUUCCAAUUAUAUCAAGAGUUCAACAGUACAAGAUUUAAUAUUUGAUGAUGAAACAAUUAUGCAGUCAAAUGGAUUGCCAUCAUCCAGCAUUGUAACAGUUAAAAGUUAUUACAAUGAAUUAGUUUCAAGUGAUUUCAAGUAUUCAAAAGUUUUAGAGUUUACCCUCUACGAUGUGAAUACCAACCAUGCAAUUGAGAAUCUAAAUGUAAAUUCACAAUUUUUUAUUCCAUUCACUUUAAAAAGAUCAUAUGUUUCAAGCAAUUGUAAAUUUCAAAGCUACUCAGGAGAAUUCAUACAAAACUAUUGUACGACAUUUACAGACAAUUCUGGUUUCCUAUCACUUAAUGUGUCCAGAACUGGUGUUUAUCUAUUGGAAUAUCAACAAGUUGCAGAGAUUACACCUCUUCCACCAACAGCAAGUACAAGUCAACAAACUGUCAAAUUGUCCACAACCAGCAGUGACCCUUUAAUUAUUGGAUUAUCUGUAGGAUUACCUGUCGCUUCCUUGUUUGUCGUUAGUAUUGUUAUAAUCAUAGGUUUAAUUAUUAUUUUGAGGAAGAAUAGAAAUUCCAAAUCAUUAGUUGAAGAAAGUCAAAAUGAAAGAAAUUACUUUGAUAAAUUGAAAUCUCAAAAGGAAAUGGAAAUACCCACCAUAGAUAUUGAAUUGAAAGAUAAUGCCGAUUUUAUUGAAAUUGAGGAAUCUUGGUCACAUAAUGAAGGUCCAUUAUUGAUUCCAUCAGAUGAGAUCUCAAUUGUUUCAAAGCUAGGAAGUGGAGGGUUUGGAAAGGUGUACAAAAGUGAAUAUACACCAAGAGGAAAGGAAAAGAGAUUUGUUGCAAUUAAGAGUAUAAACGAUGAAGACUCGAUAUUGUCUAACUCUACUUCAAAUCCUUCCUCUUCAUCAAGUCAAACCAUUUCAACUGAAGCUCUGCUGAUGUGUUCACUAGAUCAUGAAAAUAUUGUGAAAUGUUUUGGAGUUUCUAUAAAGGAUGGCAUUCAAUUUAUUGUAAUGGAAUAUGUGGAUGGUGGAAGCUUACAAGAUUUGAUACAUGAAUUGAAAAAUGGAAGAAAAGUAAUGGAUUUGGAUGAAAAAAUCAAAAUAUUGUUACAUAUUUGUCAUGGAAUUAAUUAUUUACAUAAUUUACCAAGACCAAUAGUUCACAGAGAUUUGAAACCUGGAAAUUGUUUAUUAACCAGAUCGACAAUGUGUUGUAAAUUAUGUGAUUUUGGCUUAUCAAAAGCAUUUUCAAAUUCAUCAAUUAACUCAAUGACAAACAACAUUGGGACUUUAUUCUAUAUGAGUAACGAAAUUAUUGAAGGAAUGGUCAAGAAGGAAUUCGCCAAAGCCAUUGAUUGUUACAGCUUCUCAAUUUUGAUGUGGGAACUGCUGUUUGAAGAGAAUCCUUACAUUUACAAGAAUAUAGGAAAGUUAUUCUUUGAAAGAGAUUUUGAGGGUUCAGGAUAUUCUGGCUUGGUUGGUUUUAAUAUAUUGCCAAGAGUUAUGAGUGGGUUGAGGCCAGUGAUUCCCUUCCAAAACGAUAGACAAUUAUGUAAAUUGUGGACCCAAAAGUUUAUUCAUUCCAAAUUUACAAAUGAGAGUAUUGUUGAAUGUUUAUUGAAGAUGAAGGACUUGAUGGAAUCUUGUUGGCAACCAACUCCAGAAAAAAGACCAAGCUUUGCAUCUGUGAUUAAAACACUGAACGACAUUAGAAAUACGUUGCGUUUGAACAAACAGUGUGUUUAA